AUGGAAGGAUUUGACGAGGAAGAGAUUGUAGAGCCAGUGAGUCCAACAGGGCAAUACUUGACAAGCUCUUCUCUCAGUAUUUACAUUCUUGCUGUCUUGGAAACUGAGGUUCCCAUUGAUGACUCUCAAACUGUGCCACUUCUUCACAAUCUCUUCCUUCCCAUCAACUCACGUUUCUCCUCCAUCAUGAUCAGGGACAAAAAUGGAGAGAAAAAGUGGAAGAAAGUUGAAGUGAAGCUGGAGGAUCAUAUCAAAGUUCCUACAUUUCCAAAUGGCAAGUCAUCAAACUUCUUAUAUGAUGAGAAUCUUGAUGGUUACAUGUCUAGAAUAGCUGUGGAACACUUGCCACAACAUAGACCCUUAUGGGAACUUCAUAUUAUAAAGUACCCUACAAGCAAAGCCAUGGGAACCUUGGUGUUCAAACUCCACCAUGCUCUAGGGGAUGGUUUCUCUCUCAUGGGUGCCCUUCUUUCAUGCAUGCAAAGAGCUGACAAAGCGUCUCUCCCCUUCACACUCCCAUCAAGCGAAAGACCCAAAUCACCAAUUUCCAACACCAAAGAGGUGUUCAAGAGAUUGCCCUCCAUUUUGCUUCGCACAAUAUCGGAGUUUGGAUGGAGUUUGUUAAAGAGUAACUUGGUUGAAGAUGAUCAAACACCAAUUAGGUCUUGUGCUGAAGACACCAAGACAAGGCAUAUCACCAUCUCGGAUGUUUCUUUUUCCUUGGAUCUCAUCAAGGAACUGAAAUCUAAGCUUGGAGUGAGCAUAAAUGAUGUCCUGGCUGGGGUAAUUUUCUUUGGCAUUCGGCUAUACAUGCAAGAAAUCAGCCUGAAAUCAAGCCAGAGCCAGUCCACAGCACUGGUGUUGCUGAACACCAGAAACAUUGAAGGGUACAAGUCUGUGAAGGAGAUGGUGGAGAAGACGAAUAGCAGGUCUGCAUGGGGGAAUCAAUAUGCUUUUUUGCAUGUUCCAAUUCCUGAACUCAGUGACUCCAAAUAUGCAAACCCUCUUGAGUUUAUUUGGGAAGCACACAGAGAGAUGACCAAAAUGAAAAAUUCUUUGGCCACUCCUCUCACUGGCAUGCUUCUGGAUAUGCUGAGAAAACUCAGAGGUCCUGAGGCUGCAGCAAAAUACCUGCACUCUACCUUAAGAAACUCAAGCACAACAAUCUCAAACAUGAUUGGACCAGUGGAGCAAAUGGCUGUCGCUAAUCUUCCAAUCAAAGGGUUUUACUUCAUGGUGGCUGGUUCACCUGAGAGUCUCACCAUAACGAUCAUGAGUUACAUGGGAAAGAUAAGAAUUGCAUUUGGAGUGGAGAAGGACUUCAUGGACAAGCAACUAUUGAAGUCGUGUUUGGAGAAUUCUCUUGGGAUGAUAAUAGAAGCAGCAAAACAGCUUAAGGCAUAA